CACCUAAAAGGAAGAGACUUAUUCAUGGCCUAUGAGACAGAGGAUCACAAGACUCAGUACUGCUUUCCUGCCAUUAACUCAUCAUGUAUCAAGGGAAGGCGCUCUAGAUAUGAAUACAAUUUCAUGUACUUGUUUUUUUCAGUGCUGUCAGCAUGUACUGUGUUUCUGAACCUGCUAGUGAUCAUCUCCAUCUCUCACUUCAAAAACCUCCACACUCCAACCAACCUGCUCAUUCUUUCUCUGGCUGUGGCCGACCUGCUUAUUGGACUUAUUGUCAUGCCUAUAGAGGCGAUCAACCUGACUGAGACAUGCUGGUACUUUGGAGACAUUUUCUGUAGACUGUUUUUAUUGAUCUUGGGACUGCUCCUUUCAGCAUCUCUCAGUAAUUUAGUUUUAAUUGCUGUUGAUCGUUAUGUGGCUGUGUGUCACCCUUUACUGUACCCACAGAAAAUAACAACAGCUAAAAUUUUAGCGAGUAUCUGUAUCUGCUGGUUUUGCUCUUCAGUUUACAAUACUGCUUUUGCAGGCAGCAUGAGAUAUUCUGAUUCACACAGAACAGAUGUGUGUUAUGGAGAGUGCAUAUUUAUGAUUACUUUUGCUUGGAAAGUUUCUGAUCUGUUGAUUUGCUUGCUGUUCCCGUGCACUGUGAUAAUAACAUUAUAUUUGAGGAUAUUCUAUGUUGCACACAAGCAGGUCAAAAUCAUAAACUCUCUAGUGAAGAGUCGAAAAUGUAUAACGGAAGGCUCUGUGAGGAGGAAAUCUGAAAGCAAGGCUACUCUAACAUUAGGAAUCAUUGUGACAGUUUAUCUGCUUUGUUAUAUUCCAUACUUUAUUUUGUCUCUAAUAGAAUAUAUAGAAAUGACAUCAGCCACAACCAUUAUAUUAUGGCUUUUUUAUAUUAAUUCAGGUCUGAAUCCUCUUAUCUAUGCUUUUUUUUAUCCCUGGUUUAAAAAGUCAGUUAAACACAUCCUAACUCUUAAAAUAUUUCAACCAGCAUCUUCUCUGGUGAACCUUUUUACAGUUUAUCAUUCAUGA